CAGAGGUGGAUAGAGGAUCCUUGUACCCUCCUGUCCUGCAAGUGGAAAUGCAAAAAAUAGCCAUAUAGAAGAAGGGAACUUCCUUGCUGUUCUCCAUCACACACGCACAUAAAUCACUGCUUCUUCUGGCUGUAAUGCCUCCCUCAGCAGUUUGAAGGUUAUAAAUCUAGCAUUGACUCCAUGCCAGCUGAGCAGAGGCACUGGCCUGUCUUCCAAAAGCUGUGGAAGGAGCUUCCUUGGUUGUUUCAGAGCUGGCAGGCUUCCUCCCCAGGGGCUAAGAUCACUGGUGUAGAGCAGGGUCCCCAGUCACCUUACUGCCUAGACCUGCUGCGAGUCAUCUUGGUUAAGACAGCCACGGUUGACCUAGAGCAGACGUCCCAUAGAUUUCAUAGAUGUCAUAGAUUUUUAGGGUCGGAGGGGACCUCGGCAGAUCAUCGAGUCUGACCCCCUGCCCCCGGGCAGAAAAGAGCACUGGUGCUGCUGAAGGACCUGCGCCAGAGCUAUUUUGACACAGAGAUUUUUCAAGGUAAGAAAAAGUAGUGCAUGGAAAAGGAAUUUGCCAUGAGGGGAGGGUUAGUGAAAACACUCACUUCAUGUGCACUUCAGUGGAGGGAGAACGAGGGGUUGUAAGUGCCCGAAACUGCCCAUCCCGGAGCAUAUAUCAUGGGCCCAAGUCCUGUGUUAUUCCCAUUAAAAUCAGCGGAGUCACUUCAAAGACAGAAAUGAGAAACCUUGGACAGCAAUGGCUUUAAAAGACCUGCGGAGCGGUGGUGGGCCAAAGAGAAAGAAAGAAAAAUCAAGGCCUGGAUGCAGCCAUCUGGAAGUUGGGGGCUGAGUUUGGAUUAGACAGUCCCACUUCAAGGCUGGAGUCUAGACUGAAAGGCAUUUGCAUUGCUCGGGUUUCAAUUUGGUAGAAACGAGACCACUGGAGGGAGAGCACAUUGGCUGACAUGCUGCAAAAAUAGCAGCGUUUCCACCCAUGAGAUUUCAGCACUGUUAAAUUUGCACCCAACAACUUAGAUCCAAAUCCAAGCUCUCAUUCAUCUCUCAUCUCUGCUGAGCCUGGGUUGACCUCUAUUCCUGAAUAAUACUAGUGGGCUGGUUACGGAAAGACAAUGCAAUAAUAACUCCACAUACAGCAGUAACUCUGCGGUGCGAGGUAGAGUUCAACAGGGCUCUCUUCAUCUUUCGGCUGCUGAGUGACUCUUACAGCCCAGGUCAGCUGCAAAUGACCAUUUUGCAAAUCUUUUCCACAUUUCUCAGGAAAUUUGGUGAAAUUCAACAGAAACCACGAGGCACUGCUUGCUGCGACUGGAGAAACCAGAUGUAGUUUGCUCUGGGGGCGGUUGGUAUCUCUUCAGAAUAUCAGCAGACCGACUUCUGCAGCUGCAUCCUGCCCUUUCAGUUCCUCGAAUAUCUAUCUGUGCAUUAAAAAAAACGCUGCUUGUAUUAACCCCUUUUCUUGUGCACAAAUGCAGGUCUCAAGGUACAUUAAGUAAGCAGUUUCCUGCUGGUGAACCGUAACGAAACCCAUAUUUCAAGGCCCCCAGACUUUGAGGGGUGCCAGGCCAGGUUGCACAAUCCCCCUCUGAAACAGGUCCAGGUAAAACCCAGAUCCUACCAGGACUGCUUCAGGUUCACAUCAGAGCAUUGCACCUCAGGCCCAUCUGUCCUCAGAGCCCCGAGAAGAGUCCAACAGACCCAUCUGCCGGAUUCCCAGAUGCAGGAAGACAAAGGCCAAACCAGCUCAGUGUCCAUCCCUUUCUUCUCCCCUCUUCCCCUUCCACAAUAGCCCCACUCUUCUCUUUCCUUGCCCUAUCCCUCCUUCACCCAUUGCUGUCUUGAAAGAGGCCCCCUCCCUUGCCUCACUUGCCCACUGCUCAGAUGCUGAGAGAUGACAACUGGCCCCUCACCCUCCAUUUUCCUCCUCCUGCCUCCAAAAAACCCCCGUAUCUAACCAAGCUAAACCAAAACCAAGACCCAAAAUAAAUUAGUUUUCUACAGUUUCAGAAGUUUGAAAGGGAAGACACCUAUUUAAUUUAUUCAAUGCCCAUCCUCCACAUUGGAGACCUCACUCUAAAGUAGACGUGGUCCAGUCCCAUUUCAAACUGGUGGAGCGAUGGGCUUCCCACCAUGCUCCGGGGAAACCUGUCCCACGCCAAGAUCAUGCUGGUUGGAAAUGUGUCCGAAAAUCUGCCCUCUUCUUGUUUUUCCCGGCUAUGCACUGUCGGUUCAGACUUGCGAGGCUGCAUUGCGCUUAAGUCAUGUACUAAAGACGUCUUUUUCAUUCUUAAUUUUGAUGAGGUGAAAACUAAAUUGUGACAUGUACUUAUCUGGCCAUCAGCUCAGCAGGAAGCAGUGACUCUUGGGGAGGGAGAGGGAGAGAAAGGUUUCAAACCAACAGGAAAUGCUUUUACGUGUCAGAUGCUGCUGCUUCUAAACCAAAGAACAAUUUUCACAAGCCAUACGGGGCCCUCUCCUUCCCUUCCUGUACUUUCUCCUUCCUUACUAAGUGCUGUUAAAGACACUGUGCGCAUGUGAGCCUGCAAUUUAAAGCAACAUCCUGGAGGGCUGAAGCAUCCAGUCGCUGCUUGGAGGAUUGGGAAGCCGGUGAGAAGAGAUGGGAUGUUGCAACGUGUGCGCCAGACGGGCUGGAUCUGCAGGAGGUGGCCAGGAUGUGGUAGAGCUACUGAAGAUAGGUAAUAGCAGAAAAUGGUCCGUCUCAGAAGCUCAAAGUGAAAGCUCCUUCCAUCCCAGGGAACCUGCGACCACAACCGAUACAGAAGAGAGCCUGGCAUUAACCGAAGAGGAAGAUUUUCAUGGGAGGAGCAGGGAAGUAGACCCUCAGGGAGCAGUGCUAUGGGGAAGAACACAAGAGGAGCUCACGAACUUCCUGAUCACACAGCCCGUGCAGGGCUGGGAAGGGAGGAACAUCCAAUCCCUUGGGGAAAUAGUGUGGUCCUCCCUGGUUCUCCUGCGCAGCUGCCACAUGGAGGAGAUGUCGGAACGCUACCUCGUGCUGUUCUCCUUCCAGCUGUUGAUUCUGUCUGUGGAUCACAAUAAGAAGGCAUUUGUCUAUGAGGGCCUGCUUCCUCUUGCUGGAAUGAAUGUCAGAGAAGUGCAGAGGGAUGGCAGCGGCAUGUUUGAAAUCACUGGGCCCAUGAUAGAGUCCAGGAUCAUCUCGUGCCUCGCCCCAGCUGAAUUCCACAUCUGGGUUUUCAGCAUGCAGCACCAAAUCAAGAUGGCAAACGCUCAGUGUCCACCCAGCCCCAGCAGCAAUAUUCCUUUUCUGGUGCCUUGUGAUGAGCAGUGGAAGAAACGGGAGCUGAUGAAGCACCUGCUGUGCAGCCCCAUUCUGAAGUGGGAAGGGACUCCCAUCCAGCACCUGGGGAGGAUACACUACGUGGCCAUGGUGCAAGUGGCUAAUGCCUGCAUGGGGGACUUUGAAGAGAGGCUGCUGGUCUUGUUUUCAGAAAAUCUGGUUUUCCUCUCCGUAGACAGAGAGAGAACAGGAAUUGCAUACGAGGGAAAACUCCCCUUACAUUGCAUCCAGGCAAAGGAGAAAUCUGCUCUGCUGGGGAGGCUGCAGUUUGAAGUUACAGGAAGCCUGAUGGACCCCAUCCUCAUCACUUGUUCCACUGCAGAGGAUUAUGAAAAAUGCCUCUUCCACCUACAGAAGCCGGAGCAAAACAUAGAGACGAUGACUCUCCAGCCACCGCCCAUGGUGCCAAAGAAAUCACGGUGCCGUUAGUACUCCAGAGCUGAUGGAGAAUACCCCAGCACUGAGUGGAGGAGAGGAGUGUGUGCUGAGGAGGAAUCCCAAAUUGUGGAUUAUGGCAGAGAAAUGAGCCUUCGUGCCUUCAGUCCAAACUUCUGCCAACUGAGGUUGGAAAGCAAAGGGUUGGUCAGAAAGCCUAACCUAAGCUGGACUAGUUCUUUUUUGUGUAUAGAUCGGCUGCUGUUCUUCUCUCUGGGCUGCUGCAAUGAGCAUGGUACCUCGUGGAUGUAAUGCUAGCUCGACUGCGUCAUUGGGGAGCGAUCCUUUUUGACGGGGUCCCUUUAUUUAUUGUCUGUGUCUUUGUGGAGGGAGAGAGACACCCUAUGAGAUAUUGUGUAAAUAUGACAAAUAAAACCCAUUAAGCAAA